GUAUUCGCCGCAGCCGCCUUCUCCAUUCCCUUUUCAUUCAAGAUGGCGGGUGAUGAGUCUGGUACAACGCUUGGUCAGCCUCACCUGGCUAAACAAGACCUUAAUUCUCUGGAUGUGUCCACCCUGACAACUCUAUCCCCAGAGAUUAUCAGCAGACAGGCCACCAUCAACAUUGGAACCAUCGGUCAUGUGGCCCACGGAAAGUCCACAGUAGUGAAGGCCAUUUCUGGUGUUCACACUGUCAGGUUCAAGAAUGAGCUGGAGAGGAACAUCACCAUCAAGUUAGGAUAUGCUAAUGCUAAGAUCUAUAAACUGGAUGACCUCAGUUGCCCCAGGCCAGAGUGCUACAGGUCGUGUGGCAGCAGCACUCCUGAUGAGUUUCCCACAGACAUCCCCGGGACCAAGGGCAACUUCAAACUGGUCAGACACGUGUCGUUUGUGGACUGUCCGGGUCACGACAUUUUGAUGGCAACUAUGUUGAACGGAGCUGCCGUCAUGGAUGCCGCCCUCCUGCUGAUCGCGGGUAACGAGUCGUGUCCUCAGCCCCAGACGUCAGAGCACCUGGCGGCCAUAGAGAUCAUGAAGCUGAAGCACAUCCUCAUCCUGCAGAACAAGAUCGACCUGGUGAAGGAGAGCCAGGCCAAAGAGCAGUAUGAGCAGAUCCUGGCCUUCGUACAGGGCACAGUGGCGGAGGGAGCUCCCAUCAUUCCUAUCUCAGCCCAGCUGAAGUACAACAUCGAGGUGGUUUGUGAGUACAUCGUCAAAAAGAUCCCAGUGCCCGUCAGAGACUUCACGUCCGAGCCCAGACUCAUCGUCAUCAGAUCCUUUGAUGUGAACAAACCUGGCUGUGAAGUUGAUGACCUGAAAGGAGGUGUGGCAGGAGGAAGUAUCCUAAAGGGUGUGCUUAAGGUGGGUCAGGAGAUCGAGGUGCGACCAGGUAUCGUGUCCAAAGACCAGGAAGGAAAGUUGAUGUGCAAACCCAUCUUCUCCAAGAUCGUGUCUCUGUUUGCCGAGCACAACGACCUCCAGUACGCUGCACCAGGAGGCCUCAUUGGUGUGGGCACAAAGAUCGACCCAACGCUGUGCCGUGCGGAUCGUAUGGUCGGUCAGGUGCUGGGCGCCGUCGGAGCCCUGCCAGAGAUCUUCACCGAGCUGGAGAUCUCUUAUUUCCUGCUCAGGAGGCUGCUGGGAGUCCGUACAGAGGGCGACAAGAAGGCUGCCAAGGUCCAGAAGCUGUCUAAGAACGAAGUGCUGAUGGUGAACAUCGGCUCGUUGUCGACAGGCGGCCGCGUCAGCGCCGUCAAGGCUGAUCUGGCCAAGAUCGUCCUCACCAACCCCGUCUGCACAGAAGUCGGAGAGAAGAUCGCGCUGAGUCGACGAGUGGAGAAACAUUGGCGUCUGAUUGGCUGGGGACAGAUCAGGAGGGGCGUGACCAUCACGCCCACAGUGGACGACGACUGAGGAGGCCAAACCGGGACGUCACCGGGAAAGCUCCCGUCAGCCGGACAACACAACCAUCACACUCUUCUUGGCUUUUGGGUUUUUUUUUUUUUUUUGGUUUUUCCCCCCAUGACGAGGAAGGAAGGGAACGGAGCAGGACAUGUCGGUGGCUUAAAGACGCCUCCACCCUCUGGGCUGCUCUUCUUUCUCUGCAGCCCCACGCGAACGUCAGAUUGGGCCCAGUCGGGCCUUUCUGUCGCCCGUUUCCUGUUUUUUUUUGUUGUUUUUUUUUAUACUGCAGAUGAAGGAGGACAGAGGGAGGAGACGAGGCGCUGCGGACUGAAGGCAGUCCUCCAGAGAAGGUUGACCUGCAGCUGCUUUCAGAGUGAGCCAGUGGGUUUAUUCAAUACAGAGAUGAUCCUGUACUGUCCACAGAUUUCAGUCGGAUCCAAUAAAAUAAAUUUGGAAGAAA